AUGGUCCCCGGCACAUCGACCGAGGGCACCAUCCUCGCAACGGACGCGCUUGCCGACACCGAGAUCCAGCAGCAAGUUCGUGAGGCGCUGGAUGACAAGGACGCCGUUUACCUGGUGCCCAGUCACCCUCCGAUGCGCUCGGACGAGAAUUUCGUCGAGCUAGGCCACAUGACCCAGGUCAUGGACUCACGCCCGCCGGUGCCAGAGGACACAGAGCGACGCGGCAGAGACGGGUACGCCCGCUCUGGCGGCCGUGAUGGAGACAACGGCGGUAGCGGAGAGAGCGGGACGCGCGUCGGCGGCGACGACGGCCGCGGCAAUGUCGACAGAGACAGCGGCGCAUGUGCCGGGGUCGUCGAUAGGGCCGACGGCAUCAAGGGUGGUGGCGCCUGCCCCGGCGCUGCCAUUUAUGGAGACAACGGUGGUAGCGGAGAGAGCGAGACGCGCGUCGGCGGCGACGACGGCCGCGGCGACGUUGACAGAGACAGCGGCCGCGGCGACGUCGACAGAGACAGCGGCGCAUGUGCCGGGGUCGUCGACAGGGCCGGCGGCGUCAAGGGCGGUGGCGCCUGCCCCGGCGGCGACGUCGGGGAUGGUGGCGUCGGGGUCGGCCAGACUGGCUUCCACCCUUGUCCCGGUCAGGGAUGGCAACGGGGCUAUCCCCGCCUGGGAUGA